AUGGAGACCCUCCUCGAUAAAUUCAAGAAGGAGCAAGGGGGGCUUCGCAGGUCCCGAUCUGUCCGCGCUUCCUUGCGAUUGAUAGGCAACCGCUGGCGAUCUACGAAAGACGAGGAAACUUCUGACGAUAUAGAGUCAAUCAAGCGCGAGAACGUUGUUAAGAUUUUCAACGCAGAGAAGGAUUCGACAGUAGCAUACACGGGUAUUGACGGCACGUACAAAGCGAAAACACCGAACAUGGCCAAACGGAAGCCGGAACUGGCUAAAGUGAGAAGAAAGAGCGGUGACAUCGAUCUAACAUUGAAACCUCAAAGACACAGAAGAAUUGAGAGGAAUAAAUUUUGCGAUCUAUUUAUAAACAAAAAGCAAAAGAGUAUUUCCGCUAAGGAGCUGCUAGUACCUGAGAAGAUACCUCCAAAAGCGGCAGCAAUAUUGCACAUAAACUCACCAGAAAAAGACAAAGGCAAGAGAAAACUGAAGGGUAUGGGUAAAUCCGAAAGCGCGAAAUUGAUAACAGAACUAUCUACACAUCGACGUACGCGAAGAGGUUCCGACAGCGAUAUGACGUGCGGCCAUCAACCACGUGGGUGCGUCAAUCAGGCAUUCGUGUACAGCACUCCGCCAAAGGAUAGGAAGCAGAUACCUUUAUCUCCAUCGGCCUACUUAAGUACGUAUCGAAUUUACAUUGUUUUGAACCUAAUUUAUUAUACC